UAUAAAUGUCAAAACCAAACUUUACAGGGACAAAAAGGCGUCAUUCACUCACCUAACUAUCCCGAAAUAUACCCAGAUGGGCAAUACUGCAUGUGGAGGAUCAUGGUGAAAGCAUCUUUUCAGGUGGCCUUAAUGUUUACACGCUUCAGUCUACAAUCUGAGAACAACACGGACGCUGUUUAUGUGUACGAUGGCAAUGACCAGACAGGGAAGGUAUUAGGAGUGUUCUAUGGGGGUCAGCCUCCCCCCAAGAAUGGAAUUUAUUCUUCGUCAAACAGUCUCCUCGUAAUAUUCAGAUCAGAUAAGAAUGGUUCUUUCUAUGGGUUCCAAGCCUCUUAUAGCGCUGUCAAGUGUUCUGGUAAGAGU